AUGAGGGAAAAGCGUAUCCGGAACGAUGACCCCGAUGGCCCCAUCACAUUCAAUGACGAGGACAUGGAAGGCAUCGCCCAGCCGCAUAAUGACGCACUGGUAAUAUCUGUCCUUGUCAAUAAGUUUAGAAUUAAACGUGUGCUAAUUGAUCUUGGUAGCUCGGCUAAUAUCAUCCGAUGGAGAGUCAUCGAACAGCUGGGACUACUAGGUCAGAUCAUGCCGGCAAUACGGGUCCUCAACGGAUUCAACAUGGCAUGUGAAACGACGAAGGGUGAGAUCACUUUGCAGAUCAAGAUGGCAGAACUACGUAGCAUCAAAUUUUAUGUGAUAGAGGGAGAUACGGGAUAUAAUGCAUUUGUCAAGCGCACCGUGGAUUCACCUCGUAAGAGUGGUUCCCUCGACUAUGCAUCGUAUUGA